AUGGGCCUUUUUGAUCGCCGUGAUCCCAACGGCGAACAAUCAGCCUUGCCUUUUCAUAAUGGUCCGAAACGAGCGCCUAGUGAGCAUCAGCUUAGCACGCUGAAUCCUCGACCCGAUGACGCCUCAUCAGCGAAUGGGGGGUUACCUAAGGCUUGGCAGGAUCAGGGCGAGGAACCUUCAACAUCUCACCGGUUAUCACCAAACUCGUCGCGCGGCAACGCUAGUAUGGCCAUGUCAUCGUUCAAUAUGAAGCCGCAGCCCAUGUUUGCUGGUCCACCACCGCCGAUAUCAGCGUCGAUGCUGAUAAUGAAGGACCCAAUCCGGGUAGACCCUGCGGCUGGUCGUUCAGUCCGCUACAGAAAUACUCCGCACACUCUCCUCGGAGGGAGUCCCACUGAAGCUAAUAGCCUACUCCUUGAGCAUAGGCGUCAAGAAAUUGAACAAAACUCUGAUUCGGUCUGGCGAGGUUUCGUUAGCCAAGAGAAGGCCCAAGAGAAAGAAGUCCAAGUAUUGCUUGAUCAACAGGCUGUCGCCUUAGUAGCCGGGUCUGGCAUCGAGAAUGAUGCCUCUAGCACAGGCAGUAGCACCCCUACUGGUUCAUUUUUCUCGGCCCCGGGCUACCAACAAAGAGCCGCCCUCUCUCUUUACAUUCCGCCAAGGACAACUCGCGAUGGCAACGUGGUUCCGACCCGACAACCGGCAAACGACCGGCCUCAGGGGUUGAAAGCCACCAGAGAAAGUAUGCGAAAGCUGAUAGCGUCCAUGACGAGUCUCAAGCAUGACCAGAGUGCUUAUAUAGACGAGGCCUUGGAUAAACGAAUAAAAGCUCUAAAGCAUCUAAAGAAGCUCAGUAUCAAAAGAGCCAGAUUGGAAGCAGAAAUAAAAAGCUUGGCGGACAAUAGCGAUGAACCGCUGGCGAGGGAGUUCACGGUAAUUGACACGGAGCAUCAUGUCUUGGGCGAAGAAAUUCAGCUUCUCGAGGCGAAGCUAUCACGCAUGCGAACCAGACACCGCCUUCUGAAGGAGAGGAUGGAUGACAUCAGGAAUAAACGAGAGGCAGGACUGAGUGGGUACUACGGCGCUCUAAACGAGCUGACUGCUGAAGCGGUAGCAUACAUACGGCAUCCUACGAUUCAGCCACUGGAUCCGGAUUUCUUGAGCGGAAGCCAAGCUGAAGGAGGCCCAACUACUUCAGGAGGCGCAGAGUUCAUGCAACUCAUUCCCGAGAGACGAACACCGCAGUUGGCAGCUUCAUGGUGGACAGCAGAGAUCGAGAUAUUGGAACGCCGCAAAGAUUACACGGAAAGAUACUGUCAAGCGCUGGAAGAAGGGGGUCAAGUGUGGGAUAAAGUCACGCAGCUGGUUUCGAAAUUCGAAUCGGAUUUUCGACAAGCCACUAAGAGCGGUACGGGAACUCCUUCGGUCAAAGGGAAAGAAAAGGCGCCAUCUGUGGAAGGUGUUAUAUCGGAUCAACUCUUGCGGAUGGAACAAGUCCUGGGGGAAUUGAAGGAAUAUAUGCGACAGUCUGAACAACAAAACUGGACUCUUUUGAUAUGUGCUAUUGGCGCAGAACUGGAGGCUUUUGAAAACGGGUAUAAAGCCCUCAAAAGCAUGGCCAAUCCUCCGAAGCAGCCACCACCUCCCAGUGACGACGAGGAUGCAUCUACAGACGUAGACGAACCAAGUGGCCCGUCUAGGCAGCAAGAUAACCACCCGGUAGACGAAGAAAGCGACAAUGAAGUGCCUCCAGAUCUAUUUGGUGGGCCUCAGCCUGACCACCACGAAGAUGGAGACGACAAGCAUAUUUCUGCCGACAACACUGAUGGAGGGACGCUGCGUAGGUACGACAGCGAGAAUGAAGUGCCGCCUGAAUUUCUGGUAGAACACGUAUAG